AUGCCUUUCACUGCUUCUGACAUUUGCAAGAUCUUGUUUGCGAUCAUCCUGCCUCCUCUGGGUGUUUUCCUUGAGCGAGGAUGUGGUGCUGAUCUUCUGAUCAACAUCUGUCUGACCAUCUUGGGUUGGAUUCCCGGUAUCAUUCACGCCUUCUACAUCAUAUUCAAGUAUUAG